AGAGCGGAUCCGAGUGGUGGGACUCGCGUCGCGGCCGCGGAGACCGGGAAAGGCUGUCGAGGAGGCCUCUUCCUGAUCCGGGUCGCUGCUCGCCGCCCUCCGUGCCUCGCGCGCUCGCUGCUCCGGGCCCCUCGCCCCUCGCCCACCAUGGAGAAGACGGAGCUGAUCCAGAAGGCGAAGCUGGCCGAGCAGGCCGAGCGCUACGACGACAUGGACACCUGCAUGAAGGCCGUGACGGAGCAGGGCGCCGAGCUGUCCAACGAGGAGUGCAACCUGCUCUCCGUGGCCUACAAGAACGUGGUCGGGGGCCGCAGGUCCGCCUGGAGGGUCAUCUCGAGCAUCGAGCAGAAGACUGACACCUCCGACAAGAAGUUGCAGCUGAUUAAGGACUAUAGGGAGAAAGUGGAGUCGGAGCUGAGAUCCAUCUGCACUACGGUCCUGGAAUUGUUGGAUAAAUAUUUAAUAGCCAAUGCAACUAAUCCAGAGAGUAAGGUCUUCUAUCUGAAAAUGAAGGGAGAUUACUUCCGGUACCUUGCUGAAGUGGCCUGUGGUGAUGAUCGAAAACAAACGAUAGAUAAUUCCCAAGGAGCUUACCAAGAGGCAUUUGAUAUAAGCAAGAAAGAGAUGCAACCCACACAUCCAAUCCGCCUGGGGCUGGCUCUUAACUUUUCUGUAUUUUACUAUGAGAUCCUUAAUAACCCAGAGCUUGCCUGUACACUGGCUAAAAUGGCUUUUGAUGAGGCCAUUGCAGAACUUGAUACACUGAAUGAAGACUCAUACAAAGACAGCACCCUCAUCAUGCAGUUGCUUAGAGACAACCUAACAUUAUGGACAUCAGACAGUGCAGGAGAAGAAUGUGAUGCAGCAGAAGGGGCAGAAAACUAAAUGCAUACAGGGUGUCAUCUUUCUUCCCCUCGAGAAACCUUUUUACACAUCUCCAUUCCUUAUUCCACUUGGAUUUCCUAUAGCAAAGAAACCCAUUCAUGUGUAUGGAAUCAACUGUUCAUAGUCUUUUCACACUGCAGCUUUGGGAAAACUCCAUUCCUUGAUUUGUGUUUGUCUUGGCCUUCCUGGUGUGCAGUACUGCUGUAGAAAAGUAUUAAUAGCUUCAUUUCAUAUAAACAUAAGUAACUUCCAAACACUUAUGUAGAGAACUAAAAUGUAUUUGGUAUUUAAGUAAUCUGAACCAGUUCUGCAAGUGACUGUGUUUUGUAUUACUGUGAAGAUAUGAAAAUGUAGUUAGUUACAAUUAAAGAGUAUUCUACAUAA